CGCAAAACGUGUAAGUAUUUGUCUCAGAAACCCCCCAGGCUUGACGAUUAAAUUUCUCAUCAGGGUCUUUGCAAGCAGACUCAGCGCGAACCCUGGUCAAAAUCAACAAUCAUUGCGUAAUACCAUAUGCGCCACGUGUUUCAUGAUUUGACCGUACGACUAGACUAACCGGGAAAACCAGCGGCAAAACCUUGCAGAAAUCUCUUAUUUCACACUUUUUUGGGGGAAUGUAACAUGUCUGUUAAACCUCUUUCACCGAGGGAAUCUGGAAAAUUCAUUGCAGAACACAGUCAAGAUGUAACUAUUAAUCAGGAUGCUGCUAAGAAAGUUGGAAAAAAGAUAUGGGAGAGCUUAGAGAAAGAGAAGUACAGCAUCAAAUCAUGGAAAGAGCAUACUCUUCAUCCAAAGACAAUGACAGAUGCUACAGUUGACUGGAUAUUUGUCAUGGACACACUGAAUUUCUCAUUUUGGAGUGAGACUAAUGAGAAGCGUUUUCUGGUGCGAUACAAAGAUGAGAAUCACAGUGGAUACUGGUCCAUGUGUGCAGCUCUGAUGAGGGCAUGUGAUGAAGGCAUUCCUAUUACUACUCCAUCCUUCUACUCUAAGAUCACUUUGGAUGAAUUGAGACAUGUCUUUCGUUCAGAGACAGAUACUGGUAUCCAUCUCCUUGAUAAGAGGCUAGAGAAUCUACAUGAUGCAGGCAAAGUACUCCAGGAGAAAUUUGAUGGAUCUUUUGUGAAUUGCAUCAAGGCGAGUGAGAAUAGUGCUGUCAAGCUGAUAGAAAUUGUUACAUCAAAUUUCUCUUCUUUUCAGGAUGUUGCCACUUUCAAUGGCACAGAGGUAUCUCUUUAUAAGAGAGCACAGAUCCUUGUUGCAGAUAUUUGGGCAUGUUUUGAAGGACAGGGUCAUGGCCGAUUUACUGAUAUAGACACCUUGACAAUGUUUGCAGAUUACAGGGUACCACAAGGUUUGAAUUACUUUGGUGUCUUGAGCUAUUCUGAUGCCUUGAAGAAAAGACUGGUUAAUGAGACUAAGCUGUUUACUCCAGGAGAGAGAUUAGAGGUUGAGAUCAGAGGAUGUUCUAUCUGGGCUGUAGAGUUGAUCUUACAAGAGAUGAGAAAGAUACGUGAAGGAGACCCAAGUAAAGAUGACAUUAUAUUGAAUAGUAUCAUCAUUGACUUCUAUCUCUGGACUUACUGCAAAGAUCAUAGAGAAGACAUGGAACAUAUACCAAUCCACAAGAUUAGAUCCAUCUACUAUUGAAGAUCAUGGUUCUAUUUAGUUUUAUUUGUAUUGCAUGGAAGAUUAUAUCAAGCCUGAUAUUGGCUAUUCUUAUUUUCAUUUUUGUCUCACCUGCAGAACAGAACUGAAACACAGGGCCAGAUACAUAAAAAGUAGCAAUUGCUGUUAAGCAUUUGCUUCAAGCACAAUCAAUAGCAAGCCAAGCAAAAGAUCAUGCUCUAGCAAUUGCUUUAUUUCAUAUGCUAACCCUUUGCUAGUGCUUGAACCCUUGCCUUCAGAAGGCAAUUGCUAGCGGUUUGAACAAUAGUGAUGUCACUCUGGCGCUAACACGACUCGCACAAAAUGAAAGACUCAAACGCAAAGGUGUGGCAGUGCAAAUUACCACUUCUUUCAUAUAACAUCAUUUUCUCAGACGUGUCAAACUAUCUUUUUCUUUAUGAAAAAACCUUAUAUUUAAAGGUCAUUUUGAAGUCAGCAUUAAAGUUUACGUGCAAGACUCCUAUGACAAAUGUUAUUUCAUCCCAGUUAUUUUACAAUGAACUUUCGAUACGAUUCAGUUGCGUGCCCUCGCAAAUUGCGAUAUUUCUGGUUACUUUCAGAAGUGGGGGAGACACAACAUGGUUUAUGCCUUGUUGUGCAUAUGUAAUCAAUCAAAAGCAAUUGCUACAUUUUAUGCAUCUGACCCAUAGACAUGACUUCAACUUUUCAUACCCCCGUCCUAGACGGGACAUAUUAUGGUAUCACGCACCGUGUCCAUCUGUCUUUCUUUUCAUCCAUUAACUUUUCCUUGUAAAGGCGAUAACUUCAGUUUGACUUAACCUAGGCUCAUAUUAUUUGGUGAUUAUGAUACUAGGAUGGAUCCUAGGAAGCCUCUUGAUUUUGAGGUCAAAAGUUCAAGGUCAUGACAUAUUUCAUCUUACCCUUCUGAAGUCCUUGUAAACGUGACAAGGUAAGUUUAACUUUAGGCUCAUGUAAUUUGGUUUGUAUGAUACUAGCAUGGAUCCCAGGCAGCCUAUUGAUUUGUAGUUCAAAAGUCAAGUCA